UCUCGCCAUCCCCCUCAGGCUCAAUCCUUCCGAGGGACACGAGUUACAGCCUUCCGGUGGAGGGGAUAGACGUGAAUAGAUGCAACCAGGACAGGGAGGUAACCUCGGGGGAAGCAGAUACGGGGAGCCACGGGGAAGGGGAGACCACGGGGUAGACCUUAAACGUCAGGGACUGAGAAGGUGGAGGGGGAGCAGUCAACCAGGGAGCCGACAGAAGAAUGGAAUGGAGCAGGGCCGAAAUCGGCCGGUGCCCAAGGACGAAACCUUGCUGAGCGAGUCAACGGAAGCAAGGGGGGCUAGGACAGAGACAGAUCUUGUGGAGGGAAGGGAGGAGGGGCAACAGCAGGAGCUGCUCGCCCAGUUAGUAGAGCUAGCAAAGCAAGAACGGGAAGGGAUGGGAUUGAAGAGCAUCCUGCAGGCAGCAGAGUGCUGCGUGUGCCCCAUCACCCUAUGGCGGACUGCGGGCAAGAUUAAGAUGCUGAUGGAGGGGGCAACAGAAGUACUGAUCUUCUGCAUGAACAAGCUACCACAAGAGCGACAAGUGGUGAAGCAGGUGAUGCAGUGGGUGGGACAAAAGUUUGAAGUGCGGUCCAUGUCCCGUAUCUCGGGCUCCAGAUUCAUCCACCGCACGCUUGAAGGGAAGGAAUAUGCAGCGAUCUUGUACUUUGUCGAAGUCCUCUCCAAAAGACCGGGGAACCCGAGGCUGCAGGGCAGAGGCAUGCAGUGGAUUCCUUUUGAAGAAGCCUUUGGGCCGGCUGCAAUUCCACAAGAACUACAUGUCUUGUACAUGACCUCCCUGGCCAUUCUUAACAGUGUCAAUGUGCGCCUCCCACAAGAGGAUCAUGUUGGAAACGAGCACUUUCAGAACGGGAUAGGGGUGGCAGCGGAGCGGAUCGAUGUUGUCUGCCUUCAGGAAACCAAGCUGAAUGAGCUCAAGACGGAAGAACCGGCGCUAUGGUGGAAAGGCCACCAGAUAUGGGCACCGGCAGGGCACAAAAGGAGGGUGCCCGGGCUGGACGGGAUGCCAGUGGAGAUGUAUGAGGAUUUCCACUGCUUUUUCGUGACCCUGCUGACAACAGCAUACAACGAGGCACUGAGGCACAACUCCUUCCCGCAGGGCUUUGCAGACACCUACAUAGUCUUGCUCUACAAGAAGGGGGCGAAGGAGGACCUGCGCAACUGGCAUCCGAUAUCCAUCUUGAGUGCGCUAUACAAGAUCUUGGCCAAGGUGCUGGCCACUCGGCUGAUGCCAGUGGAGAUGUAUGAGGAUUUCCGCUGCUUUUUCGUGACCCUGCUUACAACAGCAUACGACGAGGCACUGAGGCACGACUCCUUCCCGCAGGGCUUCGCAGACGCCUACAUAGUCCUUCUCUACAAGAAGGGGGCGAAGGAGGACCUGCGCAACUGGCAUCCGAUAUCCAUCUUGAGUGCGCUACACAAGAUCUUGGCCAAGGUGCUGGCCACUCGGCUGAGGCAAGUGCUGCCGCACAUUACUGAUUGUACCCAGGCAGAGUUUGUAGCAGGGCCAGAUCCUCUCGAACGUGCUACUAGCGCAGCAGAUCCUGGAAGAAGACGAAUGUACAGGGCAGGUCAUGGCCUUUGUGUCCAUAGACCUAGAGUACUGCAGGGGAUGGCGCACCGGGGAAUAGGGGGGAUCUUCACAGCUGGGUCAGGAGCCUGCUGAAGGGGACCACAACUGUGAUCCAGCUCGGACAUUCUGGGAGUGGUGGGCGCAAGAAGUCACAGACAAGACGCCGCUGGACAUCUCAGAGGAAGAUGACGCAGCAAUCCUCCUAGGGACUCUAAUGAAAGUCCAGAGACCGG